CCUAAGUCCGUGCGAUAAUCACCACUGAUGGUGACGUAGCACUUCGCCGUGGUGUCAACCGACGUAGAAGAUAACCUCAAUCUUAUGGUCACGAUUAAAUUUUGCAAUUUACACCAUUUACAUUGUAUAUAGAUAUGAAAAUUCCUUGCAAUUGAUCAUUUUUUUCGCGAAGUCUGUUGUAUAAGUGUGCACAAGGUUUCUAAAACGUUGUAUGCGUAGGUCUUAUUGUGAAUAACUAGCAUGUCAAAAAUGAAAAAUAUUUUUAAGUUUUUCUUACUAGUGUUACUUAUUUGCAUACCGAAUGCAAAUUGUUCAAAGCCUGAGGAAAAACCUAGUUGGGCUAAAAAGGACAUUCGUGAUUAUACGGAUGCAGAUAUGGAGAGGUUAUUGGACCAGUGGGAGGAAGGUGAUGACCCUUUAGAGCCAGAUGAACUUCCAGAACACCUUCGCCCGAGCCCAAAAAUUGACUUGGCAAAGCUUGAUAUGACGAAUGCAGAUAAUGUCAUUAGAGCAACUAAAAAAGGCAAAGGUUUAAUGAUGUUCGUGGGAUUGAAAAAAGAAUAUUCUCGUGAAGAAACUGAAUCUAUAACGCAACGAUGGCAGACUGGCCUUCAUAAUAAUCAUAUUAUUGCAGAAAGAUACAUAAUUGACGACAAUAGAGCAAUUUUCAUGUUUCGCGACGGUGCCCAGGUCAUUGAUGCAAAAGGAUUUCUCUUGGAGCAACCAGAAUUGACAGAAAUAACAUUUGAGGGUCAAACUUUUAAUGGAAAAUAUAAUAAAGAGAAUAUGGCCGAAGAAACAGCAGGUGAAUCAAAGGUAAAAACCAAGAAGAAAAUUUCGAAACCUACUACAGAAACAAAACGUGAAACAGCAAACAAUAAAGAUGAACUAUGAGUCAAAAUAGACGGUGGUGCGGGAAAAGAUAUCUGAUUACCAAUUUUUGCAAUUAUAGACGAUCUUUGCAAUUGUGUAAAUUAUUUCUAAAUGAUAAUGAGUGAAAUUGAUUGUGGUAACUGAAUUAAUUCGUCAUACAUCGUACAAAAGCAUAAAUAGAAGAAGACAUAAGUAAGAGAGGGUUGAUUGAAUCUGAAAUAACAUCUAAACAUGCUCACAAAUGUGCUUUUUUUUUAGUUACUGUUGUUUUUAAAUUUCGAGUGUAUAUGUAUGAAUGAUGCAAUUGUAAGUUCCUUCUGGUGUACCUACAUUAUAUUUUGUACAUUUCGUU